UCCCCCCACUUUAAUUUCACAAAAAUUCAGAACACAAAACUAUAACAAUAAAAAACAAAAACCAAGCCAGAGGCCUAUUCUUCCUCUUCCUUCCCUGCCACCAAAUCCUCUCCCUCUUUCCCUUUUUUGAAAAAAGAAUCCACCAAAUUUUAUAUAGCACUUUGUUCUCUCUGAAGGUCUAAAAUUUUAUCCACGAUUUUUUCUUCCUCUCACGAAGAACUGAGCUUUCACUGAAUAUAUAUAAAAAACCUCUCGUUUCCCAUACUCUAUCAACAACAAAGCAAAAAUGGACACAACUACACCGUUUACCGGUCCGUAUAGUUAGGGUCUUGCAAUUUCAGAUUCAGAUACUCUUUAAGGCCGCUUAAAUGGAUCUUACCCAAUCCGGUUCAGUCCACUGUACGCUUGCUGCACCUAGUUCUUUCUUUUUUAUUUAAUCUUGUGCUUUUCCGGGCACAGUUUUAUUUCUACUGUUUUUUAUCAGGCUUUCAGUAUAGAUUUGAACUGGUAAGGUACAUAUAAGAACUGGGGGAGUAAAAAGAUUGGAUUUUUGUGAUUGGGGUAUUGUGAUUUUGUUGUAAUGGUGUCUACAAAUGAUCCAAUAGAGUCUUUUAUGAAUUCAGUUCAAGUGGUCAGAGAUGCUCUUUCACCACUUGAACUCGGGAUUCGGAAAGCUGCUAAAGAUCUUGAAACUUGUUGGGGGGUUUCAAAGAAUGAUCAUAAGGCAACCCGUGAUUCAGAUACUGAUAAUAGCAGUGAAGUGUCAAUCUUCACUGUGAAAAAGAAGAGUGUUAGUCUUGGAAAUAGUGAAAAUAGGCAUUGCGGGGUUAGUGAAGAGAAAAGGAAAGGAUUUUUAUCCUUCAAGGUUCCUGUUAGGAGUCUAUUGAGGAUGUUUUCGAUGAAUUUGGAAAGUGGACCCAGAAAUGGCAGUGAUGAUAAGGUUGGGGUUUCGAAGAAAUUGUUGAAAGAGAAGGAGACGGGGAAUGAAGAUGAGUCUUGUGUAAAUUGUUUGCGGUUUGCCUUGACGUGGUCUUUGUUGGUUAAUGGUUUUGUUCAGGCAUUUCCUAGCCCAUUUAAAACAAACAAGAAACGGUUUCAGAAAGCUGGUGACGAGGAUAAGGAGUAUUUGCAUUUGUGCAAAAAUGGCUCAAAAGCAAAGGUUUCGGGCGAACUGAAGCAAAGGGAAUUGAAGGUUCAAUCUGUUAAAGGGUAUCAGAAUGUGAACGAGAAGGGUAAAACAGAGAAACACGUGUCCAUCGAAUGCUUUAUAGGGUUUCUAUUUGACCUCUUGAUUCAGAAUCUACAGAAGUUUGAUCAGAGUUUACAGGAAAGAAAUGUCAAGGGUUGUAAAAAUAAUUGUUCGAACUCAACGCCAGCGCCCUCCCAGUUUGAUCAUUUGACGGCAAUCAUGAGUAUUUGGGAAGGUCAAAAGGUGCAUGUAGAUGGAUUUUUGGGAAAUUUGAGUUUUGCGAGAGUUGGUGGGGUACCAUCAAGCAUAGUUGGAGUAUCCUCUUCAGUUAAUGAAGAGGGCGACGAUGGUGUAAGCAGCGCGCCUACCAACAGCACUGAGGACACUGGGGGUAGUUCGCCACAGAAACUAGCUAGUGGGAUACUAAGCAUUCCGCUAUCGAAUGUAGAGCGUUUGAGAUCCACAUUAUCCACGGUUUCUUUCACAGAGUUGAUUGAGCUUGUGCAGCAGCUUGGUCGAUCUUCUAAAGAAUAUCCUGACAAGAAAAAGCUGUUCUCUGUCCAGGAUUUCUUUAGAUACACAGAGGCCGAAGGAAGAAGAUUCUUUGAGGAACUGGACAGAGAUGGUGAUGGUCAAGUGACUCUGGAGGAUCUCGAAAUUGCGUUGAGAAAGAGAAAAUUACCCCGUAAAUAUGCUCGGGAAUUCAUGCAUCGUACUAGAAGUCACCUAUUCUCAAAAUCAUUUGGUUGGAAACAGUUUUUGUCCUUGAUGGAACAGAAGGAACCGACAAUUCUCCGUGCUUACACUUCUCUUUGUUUGAGCAAGUCUGGGACCCUGCAAAAGAGUGAAAUAUUGGCAUCACUAAAAAAUUCUGGACUUCCAGUGAAUGAAGACAAUGCUGUUGCUAUGAUGCGAUUUCUGAAUGCUGAUACAGAAGAAUCUAUUUCUUAUGGGCAUUUUCGUAAUUUUAUGCUUCUGUUGCCUCCUGAUCGACUUCAAGAUGAUCCCAGGAAUAUAUGGUUUGAAGCAGCAACUGUUGUUGCUGUUGCACCACCCGUGGAAAUACCUGCUGGAAGCGUUUUACGAUCUGCAUUGGCCGGGGGUCUUUCAUGUGCACUCUCUUGUUCUCUUAUGCAUCCUGUUGAUACAAUUAAGACUCGGGUGCAAGCAUCAACGUUGACUUUCCCAGAAAUAAUUUCAAAACUUCCACAAAUUGGAGUUCGAGGAUUGUACAGGGGUUCAAUUCCUGCAAUUUGGGGACAGUUUUCAAGCCAUGGCUUGCGAACUGGGAUUUUUGAAGCUACCAAACUUGUGCUAAUAAAUGUUGCCCCAACACUCACAGAUAUCCAGGUUCAAUCUGUAGCAUCAUUUUGCAGCACAUUUUUGGGGACAGCAGUGCGGAUCCCUUGUGAGGUAUUGAAGCAGCGUUUGCAGGCUGGCCUUUUCGACAAUGUAGGACAGGCUAUUGUUGGUACUUGGCAGCAAGAUGGCCUAAAGGGGUUCUUUCGUGGGACUGGUGCAACUCUUUUCCGUGAGGUUCCAUUUUAUGUUGCUGGCAUGUGUCUCUAUGGCGAGUCCAAGAAGGUUGCUCAACAACUUCUAAGGCGGGAGCUGGAACCCUGGGAAACAAUUGCUGUUGGGGCUUUAUCUGGAGGCCUAACUGCUGUUAUCACUACCCCUUUUGAUGUACUGAAAACUAGAAUGAUGACAGCUCCACCAGGAAGAACUGUAUCAAUGUCAUUGAUAGCUUUCUCUAUACUCCGACAUGAGGGGCCCCUUGGCUUAUUCAAAGGAGCAGUGCCGAGGUUUUUCUGGAUUGCUCCCUUAGGUGCCAUGAACUUUGCAGGCUAUGAGCUAGCAAGGAAGGCCAUGGACAAAAACGAGGAGGCAGCUAGAGCAGCUGUCUCAGAAAAAAGUUGAUGAGUCCUGGAUAGAUAUAAAGACCUUUCUGAAACAAGAAUCCUAUCAACCGCAGCCUCCAGGUUUUAGUUGUGAAUGCUGCUGGAAGAUAUUUUUGCUUUUCUGAAUCUCCAGCAACAGAUGCAUCAAAUUUUAUCUGUCAAGUUUUUUUUUUCCUUUUCUUUUUCUGAAUCUCUAGCGACAGAUGCAUCAAAUUUUAUCUGUCGACAAGCCCCUUUUGUUUUCCUUUUCUUUCCAGGUCAAGACAUCUUAUUGCAGGAUGUCUUGUUCAGAAUUUUCAAGGUUUGCCAAGAAUGGCAGAUGAUCUGUUUUUGCAGUGAUCUUGUACCUUGUUCCCAGAUUUUAUACUGUGCAUUUUAUGUGCGGUUAUUUUAUUCUUUCCUUAACCCGAAUCUUACUGCAUUCAAUAAAUCA